CGGAGAUGAUCUCAUUUCGUUAUGGGGAAUCACUAAAGCCUGACAUUCAUAUGCUUCUCCGCCACUCUCAGACCAGCAAUUUUUGUUGCUCAAAAUUGUCACCAAUUGCUGCAAUUUCGAAGCAUACUAUCAGAAUAUCAGCCUUGAGAUUCAAUUCAAUCCCUCCUCCUCUUCAUAUUUCCAUGGCUGAUUCUACUUCUAGGGUUAUAUCGCAGCCUGAAUGUGGCGGAGAUGCGAAAUCUGAAAAUGUGAGUCCUAGUUUCACUGAGAUUAUCGUAAUCCGUCAUGGUGAGACGGAAUGGAACGCUGAUGGCAGAAUUCAGGGACAUUUAGAUGUCGAAUUAAAUAACAUCGGAAGACAGCAAGCUACUGCGGUGGCAGCCCGGCUCUCCAAGGAGCCAAGGAUCUCUGUCAUAUAUUCAUCUGACUUGAAACGGGCCCAUGAGACAGCAGAGAUAAUAGCAAGGAGUUGUGGGGAUCUAGAGGUCAUUAAAGAUCCAGACCUUCGAGAGAGACAUCUCGGAGAUCUUCAAGGUAUUUCGCUCUGUGAAGCAGCCAAAAGCCAACCGCUGGCUUAUAAGGCUUUUCUCUCUGACCGAAAUGAUCAAGUUAUUCCAGGUGGUGGAGAAAGUUUAGAUCAACUUUAUCAACGCUGCACUUCUUGUUUACAGAGGAUUGCAAAGAACCACCGAGGAAAACGAGUAGUUGUGGUAUCUCACGGGGGUGCAAUCAGAGCACUUCACAUGCGGGCUUCCCCACAUAGGAGGUCUAAAAGUAAGAUCUGGAAUACAUCUGUUGGUAUACUUCACUUGUCUGAUAAAGAUGAAUGGACCGUUAAACUCUGGGCCGACGUAAGUCAUCUCAACAAGACAGAAUUUCUAAACUCAGGAUUUGGUGGGGACAAAACUUCCGGUUAAUUUUGGCAUGCCACUCUCAACAUUCAGAUUUCUUGCAAAGAGGUACUUUACAUUAUUUGUCAUGAAUGGAGAUCUUGAAUUAUUUAUGUCACCCUGUUUGACGGCUUUAAUAACUUGUUAAUGGUCAC